UAACUAAUUAGUUGGCCACCAACAACCCGAUCUCAGUUCCAUCAAACACACACACACUCAACAACAGAUCAUGCUGCAGCAACGUUCGCGUCGCCAGCGUUCGCGUCAGCAGCUGGAGCGAAGCAGCUGCCGUCAGGUGAACUAUUUGCCGGGCUUAUUGAUUGUGCUGUUGGUGUUGCUGCAGAAUUUCGAGCUGCACAUGUGCCGGCAAUUGAUGCGACGCAGCGACCCAGCACCGACCGUCGAUGACAGCAACUCCUUGCUCAAGGACACGGACACGGACACGGCGUCGAGGAGAAGUGGUCGAGAGGAGCAACGUCGCAGCGUUGAGAACGUUGGUCAGCCCGAGGAGAUAUUCAGUGCGCCGCCCAACGAUGCCACUGACAUGAGCUAUGAUGAGUAUCCGAUGGUUGUGCCGAAGCGAGCUGCUUUAUUGCUGGAUCGUUUAAUGGUUGCUCUACACCAUGCGCUGGAGAACGAAAGGGAAGGACAUCGCAUUGGCGAAUUCUAUGCCAACAAGAAUCUGAUGCAAUUGGAGCCGAAUGAAUACAAGAGCGGCGCAGAGAAGCUGCAGCCCAGUGAGGAAGGAAACAACAUGCCAUCGAAUAGCCACAGCUUUCAUAUGUACAGCGACGAUGAUCCGGAUGUGCCGGAUUAUGAUUUCAAAGAUUUGAAUCAAAUCAAUCGGGCAACGGGCGAAACACAUGGGGCAAAUGGUGUAAGAAAAUUUCAGUUAAUGGCAAAGAGCUUUCAGAGAAGAGCCGGCGGCAUUGGCGUUGGCGUUGGUGUUGGUCUUGGCAAGGAUGGUCACGGAAUUGUGGGCAUGGCGAUGCCCAGUUCAACGCCCGCUGGAGCUGCCGUUGGAGCUGGAGCGGGAGCGGGAGUGGGAGCAGGAGCUGGUGGCAGACGAGUCCAUCACGUUGGAUCGAAUGGAGGUGGUCGCAUGUAUUGGCGCUGCUAUUUCAAUGCCGUCAGCUGUUUUUAAGUCCAAAAUCUAUCUAAAAAUAAAAACUAAUUUCGACUCCAGGCUCUCGGCUCCAGCCACAACAACAAAAUGAAAACGAAAAUGAAAAUGAAAAACGAAAAACGAAAUAAUAAUAAUAAAGAAAAACACUUUACGUUUCCUUGGCCUGCUAUGAAAGUUGUUCGCGUAAUUAACUGAAAUCAUCUGUAAACAUAAAAUUGUCAACUCGAAAAAAAGAAAAGAUA